CUUCUUUUUAGUCCUUUCAACAAUAUUUCCUUGCCUAAAUCUAAUUGACCAUACCAUGGCUUCUGCUCCUCAACCACCAACUCUAUCUGAAAAAACCACUAAUCUCUCACCGGAAAACGACAAUGUUACGAUCACCGGAAAGAUAUAUACAAGAGUCCGCCUUGCUACAAAAUCUGAUCUGCACCAUGCAUACCAGUUGUUUUACCAAAUCCACGCAUACCAUAACCAAUUUCAUUUAUUCAAAGCAACAGAGUCCUCCUUAUCGGACUUGUUCUUUAAAGAAAAUCCUCUUCCCCUUUUCUACGGACCAACCCUACUUCUACUCGAAGUCUCCCCGACCGCUUUUACUGAACCCAAAAAUAACAAGGACGAAGGGUUCAAACCCGUCUUUACAGCGCUCGACCUUAAAUUUCCUGUCGUGGAAGGACAAGUUGAGGAGUUUCGGUCCAAAUAUGAUGAUGGAACCGAUAAACGUGAUGUGUUCAUCGCGGGAUAUGCUUACUUUUUUGCUAGUUAUUCACUCUUCGGGAACGACAAACCGGGGAUCCAUUUCGACAGUCUUUACUUCAGGGAAAGCUAUAGAAAAUUGGGAAUGGGAAAAUUGUUGUUUGGAACUGUUGCGUCUAUCGCUGCGAACAAUGGGUUUGCUGCGGUGGAGGGAAUUGUAGCAGUUUGGAAUAAAAAGUCAUAUGAUUUUUAUGUGAGUAUGGGUGUUGAAAUGCAUGAUGACUUUAGGUUUGGCAAAUUGGACGGUGAAAAUCUUCAAAAGUACGCUGAUAAGGAGAAAAAUGGUGCAGGAAGCUGUUAGUUUGUUUUACUUUUUUAGUAUAUAUAUCGGAAGUGCUAUUAAUAAAUUUCUAUCUAAUUUCGUAUGUUCUUUAUAUGAUAAAUUUUUGUGAUAAAAUCUUUGUUGAAAUUUCACUCCAUUGUAGUGCAGCAAAUUAUAUUUUUAUAUGUGUAAUUUAAUAUUGGAAGUGCUGUAAGUUAGUAUGAUGAACGGUCGUAAUAUUGUAAUACAUUUAUACUUGGAAAUAUUAAGUUGAUUAUCAUAUAAUAU